ACGAGCCGUCGUCCCGAGAGACAGCUCUGCUUCAUACUGAGGGCCGGGGCAGAGAGGGAGAGUGAAGGAGUGCAAAGAAAGAGGAGGAGGAGGCCAUGGUAUGAGAAGGAGUGGGUGUUUUCAGCUUCCCUGACCUUUCUCCUGGUCAUCCUGUUGAAGGUUUCAGCAGCUCAGCCUCUCACCAUCAGGGAUCCAAGGGAGACUGUGAGCAGCGACAUGGGAAUUUAUGAAACACGUCCCACUCCUCUGGUUCUCUCUGGAAGUGACGAUAUAAGCAGAAGCACCAGAGAUGUUUCUUCUACUCAGGAAACUCUACAGGCUAAACUAACCACAAACCAGCAGAAUAGCACCAGCAACCCAGUGAAAGUCAACAUCACCUCAUCAGCAGCUCCUAAAGGCAGCACAGCCAGACCACAGACACAGUCACCCGCUCCAGCUUCCACAACGACCAAAAUCAAAACCACAACCGUCAAAAAAAAGACCCCUGCUGUCGUCGUCUGGGAUAAGAAGUGGGACCAGGGCUUCCAGUAUGAUUACAGCACCUUGCGCAAGGCUGGACUGUCUAUAGCAGCCAUACUCUUCAUCAUGGGCAUAAUGGUCAUUGGCUGUGGAAAGGUCUGCCAGCUGCCCAAGUGUCGCAGGCGGUCGUCAAAAUAUCCAGUAGCUCAGCAGACUGCUGACUAAAAGCUCUGGGAUGAUUAAUAGACUGAGAACAUGAUGGAGCCGUUUGUUCAGAACCUCUGAAAGAACUGAAAAUCACAUGACCUGCUCUCACUGCUCCGCUCCGUUCUCAUCUGAGAACUGACUCCUUCGACGUUUUCCCGUUCGUC